AUGGUGUGGUGCGGGGUGGCGACGGGCGCGUGCCUGUGCGGGGGCGCGGCCGCGGUUUGGGGGGGCGCGGGGGGCGCGGUGGCGGGGGGCGCGCUGGCCGGCGCCGUGUUCGCGGACUCGGCGGGGCUGCAGCCGGCGCCCUACGCCAUGCUGGCCGACGCCUUCGAGUACGAGUUCCGCGGCUGCGCGGUGGCGCUCGUCAGCGUCGCGGCCUGGGCGGCCAACGCCGUCGAGGUGGUGCUGUUCCCGCUGGUGGCGCGCGGCGCGGGGCUGGCGGCGGCGCUGGCGCUGGCCGCGGCGCUGACGCUGGCGCUGGCUGCGCUGGCGGCGCUGGCGCUGCCGGAGACGCGCGCCCGCUCGCCGCAGCAGAUAUACGCCGCGGUCUGCCGGCAGCCGGCGCCCAGCGCUACCCUCGACUCGGUCGCGUGCUCCAAGGAGACAGUGCCUACUGCAAUGUGA